GGCCAAAAUCCUGCACAUGCACACAACAGACUCUGAACUCGAAAGUAACACUGUCAUCUCACCUGCCCACAGAUUUACUCCUCUCCUGGAAAUGUGGUGCAGUCGUAUGGCACUGCGUCGGCUCCAGUGGAUCGCUGUUACUCCUUUAAAUAUCACUUGGGGUCUAACAAGCAACGUGCAGAGGAAGAUGUCAACCCUGCCACGGGUGUAUGUCACCCGACAGAUCCCACCCGAGGGCCUGAAGAUCCUCCGUGAAUCUGGACAGGUGCAGUUUGAGCUGUGGGACUCAGAUGAUGUCCCCGUACCCAGGAAAGAGCUCCUGCAGAAGGUUAAAGGUGUUGAUGGUCUGGUCUGCGUGCUGACAGAGAAGAUUGAUGCAGAGUUGUUGGAUGCUGCAGGUCCAAACCUGAAGGUCCUCAGUACUAUGUCUGUGGGUUUUGACCAUCUCUCUUUGGAGGAGCUGAAGAAAAGAGGAAUCCGUGUGGGUUAUACUCCUGAUGUUCUGACUGAUGCUGUGGCUGAGCUGACUGUGGCUCUGCUGCUCACUACCUCCAGGAGACUCAUAGAGGCCACACAUGAAGCCAAGACUGGUGGCUGGGGCACAUGGAGAACUCUGUGGCUGUGUGGACACGAGCUGGCCAACAGCACUGUGGGUAUCCUGGGCCUGGGGAGGAUUGGUGUGGCUAUCGCUGAGCGUCUGGCACCUUUCAAAGUAAAGAAGUUCAUCUACACAGAUGUGGCCCCCAGGCCUGAGCUGGCCAGUAUCAUUAAUGCAGAGUAUGUCUCUUUCAACGAGAUGGCAAAGCAGUCAGAUUUCCUGGCUGUGUGCUGUGCUUUAACACCGGAAACAAAGGAGAUCUGCAACAAAGACCUCUUCUCCAAGAUGAAAAACACCUCCAUCUUUAUCAACACAAGCAGAGGUGGUGUGGUGAACCAGGAAGACCUGUAUGAGGCUCUGUCCACUGGGCAGAUUGCAGGAGCUGGGUUAGACGUCACUGUUCCUGAGCCCCUGCCCACAAGCCACCCACUCUUUACCCUCAAAAACUGUGUGAUUCUCCCGCAUAUUGCUAGUGCCUCUUAUACUACCCGUAAUGCCAUGUCUGCCCUGGCAGCAAACAACCUCCUCCUCGGCCUGCGGGGUGAGACGAUGAUCAAAGAACUCAAACUGUAAGAAUAAACUGGUCCACUCCGGCUGAUUACUGGAUCAUCAGUUUAACUCAUAAUUAUUCUUUAGAAGAUUACAAUAAAACCACAACUUGGAAGUUUUUAA